UAUAUAUCCUCCUCACCCACCAGCAGACUUCACCAUUUCCUCACCUACUCUCCCAAACACCCGGCCUCACACACACACGCACACACAGCGUGGUCUGUAGUGUUAGAAGCUCUGAAAAUGGGCUGGAAUUCGAGGCUGAAGAUGCCGAACCCGGGUCUGGACCAGCGUGUGCUGAGCCAUGCCCAGCUGGAGAAGCUGGAGGUGGAGGAGGCUGGAGAGCGGCCCAAAUGGGACAACAAAGCCCAGUACAUGCUGACCUGCGUUGGCUUCUGUGUGGGACUGGGGAACGUCUGGAGGUUCCCAUACCUGUGCCAGAGCCACGGUGGAGGAGCAUUCAUGAUCCCGUUCCUGAUCCUGCUGGUGCUGGAGGGAAUCCCUCUACUUCACCUGGAGUUUGCAAUCGGACAGCGGCUGAGGAGAGGUAGCAUUGGGGUGUGGAGUUCCAUUAACCCCUACAUGCUCGGAGUCGGCAUUGCGUCCAUGUGUGUGUCCUUGUUAGUCAGUUUGUACUACAACACCAUCAUCGCAUGGGUACUGUGGUACUUUUUUAACUCGUUCCAGGAGCCACUGCCUUGGAGUCAGUGCCCCGUCAACGUCAAUAGAACAGGUUUGGAGUGGGAGUGUGAGAGCAGCUCUCCUGUGGAUUAUUUCUGGUAUAGGAAUACCCUGAACAUCACCUCAGCCAUAGAUGAGCCCGGGGGUCUGCAGUGGUGGAUGGUGCUGUGUCUGAUCUCAGCGUGGGCUGUGCUGUACGUCUGCUGUAUCCGUGGAAUAGAGACCACUGGGAAGGCCGUGUACGUGACCUCCACUCUGCCGUACGUGGUUCUGACCAUCUUCCUGAUCAGAGGACUCACUCUGAAAGGCUCAAUCAGCGGAAUCAAGUUUCUCUUCACUCCAGAUCUGGAUGAGUUAUCAAACCCAGCUACAUGGCUGGAUGCAGGUGCUCAGGUGUUCUAUUCUUUUUCGCUGGCAUUUGGUGGACUUAUCUCCUUUUCCAGCUACAACUCUGUCCAUAAUAACUGUGAGCAGGAUGCUGUAAUCAUCUCCAUCAUCAACGCCUUCACCUCCAUCUUUGCCGCCACCGUCAUCUACACCAUCAUCGGCUUCAGAGCUACGCAGAGAUAUGACGACUGCCUGGCAGGGAACAUCCUGACUUUGAUCAACAUGUUUGACCUGCCAGAGAAGAGCAUCGAUGACAGUAACUAUGCCUCAUCCCUCAGUCACCUGAACUCCACUUACCCAGCGAUCAUCAGCAACCUGCAGCUAAAGACGUGCAACCUUAACACCUUCCUCACUGAGGGUGUAGAGGGCACGGGUCUGGCAUUCAUUGUCUUCACUGAGGCUAUCACUAAGAUGCCGCUGGCACCGCUGUGGUCUGUCCUCUUCUUCAUCAUGCUUUUCUGCCUCGGCCUGUCCUCCAUGUUUGGGAAUAUUGAGGGAGUGCUGGUUCCCCUGCAGGAUCUGAAGGUCUUCCCCAAGAGCUGGUCCAAAGAAGCCAUCUCAGGAGUGACGUGUCUGGUAUGCUGCUGUAUCGGCCUGAUAUUUGUACAGGGAUCCGGAAACUACUGGCUGGCACUGUUCGACAGUUUCGCCGGGUCCAUCCCCCUCCUAAUUACAGGCUUCUGUGAGAUGGUGGGUGUGGUGUAUGUGUACGGUAUAGACAGGUUUAAUGAGGACCUGAAGUUCAUGAUUGGCCACAAACCCAACAUCUUCUGGCAGUCCACCUGGAGGGUCAUCAGCCCCCUCAUUAUGCUGGUCAUCUUCCUCUUCUACUUCGCCACCACCAUCUCCAAAGAGCUCUUCUACAUCUCCUGGGACCCUGAAUCGGUGACGUUUCCCACUCUAAAACAGAAGCCAUAUCCUGUAUGGAUCUAUAUAAUAAUCUUUUUGUUGGCGGGAGUGCCGAGUCUGGCUGUACCAGGAGCUGCUUUAUUCAGAGCCAUAUGGAAACGCUACUGUUAAACUGGACAAGGUUAAUACAUGUUGCUGUAUGUGACUGCCCUUUUUUUCUUGUCAUAUUUUUAAUCAUAAUGUUUACUUUUAUUAUUUGUAUCUGCUAAAAAAAAUAUUUGCAUUCGGACAUUCAAAUGGCUCGUAUAUUAGCAAACAAAAUUUUUGGUCUUGGUCCUCCCAAGGUUUCUUCCUCCUCCGUGCUUUCUGGGUUGUAUUCUGUUUUUUUUUUUUGUUUUUUUUAAUGUUUUGCCUGAUUCUUUGCCCUGUGAUCAAAUUUCUGUAAAUCUGCUUUGUGACAUCAGUUGUGAAAUGCGCUAUAUAAACAUAUUUGAAUUGAUUUGCCAGACAAAUUCAAAUACAUUUUAUUUAUAUAGCGCUUUUAACAACUGAUGUUGUCACAAAGCAGCUUUACAGAAAUUUGAGAAUCAGUCAAAACAUUAAACAAAAAAAAAACAGAAUACAAAAAAAACAGUGAGCGCAGAGGCAAGGAAAAACUUCCUUAGAGCUGGAGGAGGAAGAAACCUUGGGAGGACCAAGACUCACAUAUAUGGGGAUUAGCCUACCACUGAUCAAACAGCUUGUGUUGUGUAUGUUUAAAAGUCAUUAUACAUCCACACAGGUCUUAUAUAUUCAGUUGUAUAGCAACACCAGUAAUGAAAGCCGUUAGAGUUCAUAUUAAUUUGGAUGUGAUUGGUAGUAAAGAGUGAGCAGCUAAUCUGAGGCUUGUUGCAAAACUAGAUGAUGGGCAGAUCUAAUAUGCCCUCGCUGAUGCAUGUGUAAGCAAAGCUAGACAGAUAGCUAACAGGAAUUUAAAGAAGAGUCAAGAGCUUGGUAAAAGGUUUGGCUUUACUGAGGAUUUCAGGUUUAUUUUCAUCCUUUGUUGUUUGUUUGUUUGAUUCUUUCCUUUAGUUCAUAGUUUUCUGUAAAACUGCGAAUAAAUACAAUGAAAAUGAACAAUAAACAUAAUCUCUGAGUAUGAA